AGCAGAGACAGACCAGUAAAGAUAGUGUGUAAAGAUAAGAAAAGUCGGCCAUCAAACAGAUGUAGAACGGGAGAAAUGGUUAUUGAGCCUCGUGUGAAGGCCGGCGACAUGAGAGCAACACACAGAUCUGUGCUUUUGCUCCAGGGAACGACUGCCUUUAUUACAUUAACCAGCACAAAACCAGUUCAGGGCUUUUUUCCCCCCUUUCAUUCUGCUUCCUCUGUUUUCCUGCCGGGACAAGGAUUUCAACGUUUAACAUCAUGCACAACUUUAAUCCAUCCUCUGAAUGUGCAUUCGCCCUCGUGAGGAGCUGGAAUUCACAGCAUCACUCAUAACAGGACACGAAACAGACAGCAGCUUGUGUUACCUUGUAGGUGUCCAUUACUUCUCGGUCUGUCUAUGCAGCCACCCAUCCCUCAUUUCUCCCUAUGUGACUAACAUAAUUAGAGCCUAAUUGGGUGAAUUAGCAGCUGUGGACCACGGCGGGCCAACAAUCCACUGGGUUCCAUUACAAUCGGAGGCACCAACAGCUUAUUAGCACCACAUUCAGGUAGAGACGAAGAGCUCAUCAGUGAAGUCACCUGCAGGUGAUCAGCUGGGAAUGAACCAGAGGGCUCUUUAUAACCACCGCCAAACCUCACUGUGCAUGUUACAGACAACUAACUAAUGCACAGGCAAAUAUGGUUAGAAGGAAUAAGAAUCAACAAGAGGCACACGUUGCAGAGACUUUUCUGGAUUUUAAAUAUCACACGAGGAAGAAACGAUCUUAAACUCCCUGUGAAGGUUUUAUGGCCAGAGAGUGGGAUUAGCACACUUCACAUUUAAUGGACAAAGGCUUCUCAACACUGUAUCUUUACAGAGCGCUAAUGCUCUGUAAAGUGUUUUUCAUCAAAUGGAACACGGACAGACACAAACACAAACACUUUUCUACAGGGGCUUCACUAACCUUUUAAGCCACCCUCAAUGUGUCCUGCUCCUCAAAGCCAUAAUUGACAGUUUGAUUAGGUCUUCCUCCGCCUCAGGCGGUGGCUUAGGGAGAGGACAUAAUGUGUUAAUGCCUUGUUGAUGCUUCCGCAAGUCCCCUAAAGCCACAAAUACCUGAAAAAAACCGGGGUGGCGUAUACGUGGAUUGUUAUUUUGUCAGGAAAUGUUUGAUGUACGGUUAAUAGAGCAAGAAACAGGACAAAGAUGGAGCGAGCAAUAAAAUUUAGUCAGUCGAAUCCGAUUGUUGUUGAUAAUGUCCAUGGUUGGAUUUGGAUCAAUUAGGAGCUGGCAGAUGUGCAGAAUCAUGGCUGACCUCGGGGCUUAAAGAAUAAAAUCCAAUUUUCCUCAACAAAUGCAGUGCCAUUAAGCUGGAUGGAAACAGACAACUAAAAAGGGAGGAGUCCCUUAAAAAGCAGUAUAGGAGACGCGGCGAGGGGAGACAGCGUUCACUAGCAGGAGAAAGACAAAAGCCACUAGGACUGUGGAACACGGAGUAAAAAAGUUGGUGCACGUCCAACUUUUCAGCACACGAGGGCCUGGCAGAAAAGCAAAUACGGUGAGAGAAGAAUAAGCAGGCUCACCUGAACUGCGUCCAGAUUCCAGUACACGAGCCGUGAGCGUCGGGAGAUUCCAGGCGGACACGUCUGCACUGUUAGAAGAGAGCAGCAGGAGGACAGUGCCUGAAACACUGAUCCACCGCUGCAGCCAUGAGGAUCUGCAGCAGGAACGUUCGCCUCCAGGACAUCACCAUCGUCUACUUCACCGCGCUGGCCGCACUGAUGGUGAUCCUGGUGGCCUCGUACCAGGCGCCCAGCAACCCGCUGGAGGUGUCCGGCUUCACCUCGGAGGCGUCCGGCCCGGGGCUGCCUCUCCCCAUGCCCUUCCACGUGCCCCUGGACCCCCGCGGGGAGCUCCGGCUGGCCUGGAACAUCAGCUACGCCCGGCAGGAGGUCUACAUGGAGCUGCGGGUGGCCCGGCUCAGGCACGGCGUGGUCCUGGGCAUGUCUGACCGCGGGGAGCUGACCAACGCCGACCUGGUGGUGCUGUGGGACUCUGGAACCAAGAGCUUCUUUGGGGAUGCAUGGAGCGACAGCGAGGGUCACGUGUCCUUGGACACUCAGCAGAACUAUGAGCUGAUUGAAGCCAAACAGAAACCUGAUGGUUUCUACCUGUUCUUCAAAAGACCCUUCAGCACCUGUGACCCUAAGGACUACCUCAUCGAGGAGGGAACGGUGCACAUCAUCUACGGGUUCCUGGACCGACCACUGGCCUCGUUGGAGCAGCUCAACCUGUCCCGGAUCCACGCGGGCGUGCAGAGGGUGCUGAUGCUGCGGCCCGACGCCCCGUCGCCCACUCUGCCUCCGGACGCGCGCACGCUGGACGUGGUGGCGCCGAACGUGGUCAUACCGAACCAGGAGACCACGUACUGGUGCUACAUCCAGCGGCUGCCUGAGAACAUGCCCAAGAACCACAUAGUGAUGUACGAGUCCGUGAUAACGCCGGGUAACGAGGCCAUCGUGCACCACAUAGAGGUGUUCGAGUGCUCCCCGGACGCACGCGACGUGCCGGACUACAGCGGCUCCUGCGACGACACCAUGAAGCCGCGCAAGAUCAACUUCUGCCGCCACGUGCUGGCGGCGUGGGCUAUGGGUGCCGAGGCGUUCUACUAUCCUCCUGACGCAGGUCUUCCCAUGGGAGGACCCGGAUCCUCGAGGUUCCUUCGCCUGGAGGUCCACUACCACAACCCUCUCCUCAUAUCGGGCCGGCGCGACGCAUCGGGCAUUCGGCUGCACUACACGCCCAGCCUGCGGCGCUACGAUGCCGGGAUCAUGGAGCUGGGCCUGGUUUACACCCCCAUCAUGGCCGUCCCUCCCAGACAACACCGCUUCUACCUCAGCGGCUACUGCACCUCCAAGUGCACCCAGACGGCUCUGCCUCCGGGUGGGAUCUACGUCUUCGCGUCCCAGCUCCACACCCACCUGGCGGGACGCGGGGUCCGGACGGUGCUGGUGCGGGCGGGCGCGGAGCUGGAGGUGGUGCAGGAGGACCAGCACUUCAGCACACACUACCAGACAAUCCGCAUCCUAAGGAAAAUGGUCAAUGUUUUACCUGGCGACGUCCUCAUAACAAAGUGCACCUACAACACGGAGGACCGGAGCAAAGCCACGGUGGGAGGGUUUGGCAUCAUGGAGGAAAUGUGCGUCAACUACAUUCACUACUACCCCAGGACUCAGCUGGAGCUCUGCAAAACCCACGUGGACCCAGGAUACCUGCAGAAAUACUUCAGCUUCAUUAACAGGUUCCAGGGAAACGAGCGGUGUGUGUGCGGCGAGGUCAGUGUCACCGAGCAGUUUUCUCAGCUACACUGGGAUGCGUUCAGCGGCGAAGUGCUGGACUCCCUCUACAACACGGCCCCCGUCUCCAUGCACUGCAACCAGUCAACCGCACAGCUCUUUCCUGCAAACUGGGACAAACAGCCUCUACCAGUAGUGACUGCUGUCCUUGAAAAACCUCGGUACCCCUGUGAGGGAGGAGCGGCUCCGGCCAGCGGGUCCUCCACACCUCUAGUCUGAGCCUGAGGGGCCUGCUGGGCCUGAGGGGCCUGCUGGGCGAGAGCACCACACCAGGCCAAGGUCAAAGCAGCUAUUGUGACUUGGCAGCGUUUCGGUGUUUGGGAACAGAGGAGGUGAUGUC